UUUUGAUAUUCAGGCGUAAGAGGAAACUUGUUCCGACAGAUGCUCUCAUUUGAACUAAGUCAUGUCAAAAUACGUGGCAGGAGUUUGAAUUACCAAAGUAUGACAAAGAUGUGUCUUCAAUAGAAUCAUCAAAAUACUACGAUACAUGAUGAGCCAAUGAAGACUUGUUUGUGGCAAGUUGACUCCUCUCAUUAAGAUAAUGAGCGUGACAGAUGGGAACGGACCAUCUGCCAGGAAACUUGAGGAGCACUUGAAGCAAGAAGAAGCAGACAUGACUAAGGUGUCACUCCGAAGUCGAAAGAUUAGUACAAGUGAUGAUUUAGAGAAGCAGGGACUGCUUAACGUCCGAGCUUUCCUCUUCCUGGUUCUGUGGUAUUUCUUCAGCUUUUGUACUUUGUUCUUAAACAAAUACAUUCUGUCCACACUCAAGGGAGACCCAACGUUGUUAGGUGCCAUGCAGAUGGUGAUGACGACAAUGUUUGGGUUUAUACAGAUGUACCUCCCUUUGGGUAUGUACAAGCCUGUACAGAGAGAGGGCAAGCCACCCAACUUCUGGAGGAACAUGAUUCUGGUGGGGACCAUGAGAUUUUCCACAGUUGUGUUAGGUCUGGUGGCUCUCAAGUUUGUCGCGGUUUCCUUCACGGAAACUGUGAAGAGUUCGGCACCCUUGUUCACAGUGCUUAUGUCCAGAGUACUGAUCGGAGAGUACACCGGCUUUUAUACCUUCCUGUCACUCAUCCCCAUCAUGUUUGGGCUCGCCUUGUGUUCCGCAUACGAACUCAGUUUUAAUGUACAGGGCUUUGUGGCAGCCCUGGCCACCAACUUAACAGAGUGUUUACAGAAUGUAUAUUCAAAGCUUCUCAUAAGUGGUGAAAAAUAUAGAUAUACGCCUGCGGAGCUCCAGUUCUACACGAGCAUAGCUUCAGUGGUGGUUCAGAUCCCAGCAUGCUUCGUGAUGAUGGAUCUCCCCGCAGUACAGAAGUCCCUGGACUACACGUUAUUAUCUACACUUGUUCUAAAUGGCAUAUUCUUCCAUUUUCAAAGCAUCACAGCAUACGUCCUUAUGGGCUACAUUUCACCUGUAACACAUAGCGUGGCGAAUACAGUAAAGAGAGCAUUCCUGAUCUGGUUAUCUGUGAUAACAUUUGGAAACCCAGUGACAAUUCUCAGUGGUGUAGGGACCGUCACAGUUACUGUGGGGGUGUUGUUUUACACCAAAGCCAAAGAGUAUGACUCCAACAGACGAGAACACAUUGCUCAGUAUUCACGGACACCUGAACCAGUGACCAAGGAAGUUUGAUGAUAGUGACUCUCUAGACUCCAUGCCUCAUUCAUUCUACAUCCGUCACCAUGGAUACAUUGUUUAUGGGGAUACCUGUUGUGUUGUUUCAUGCUUGGCAGACUGAAGGUUUCCAAACCGGGAUCAAAACAUUGGGAAACGUUGCUGACUAUAACUUACUUAUGGCAAGCACCGAGUGUUAAACGUCCUGUAUUGUAGUGUUUUACAGCCAUAUGAUAUUUGCCUCAUUGUGGGUGAUCUGAUACAGCAAAGAUAAGUGGAAUUAACUGAUGCCAUAAAACACAUAUCAAGACUUUCCAAAUAAUUUAGUGUAGCUUUGAGAAAUAUGCCAAAUGAUCUGUUUUGGUUCAUGCCUUUAGAUUAACACUGGUUUUGUAAAGAUAAUUUGUCAGUGUUUAUAUAUAUUAAGCAGCCUUUCCUGUCAGUCAUUGGAACUGAAGUGUUCAAAAAACCCAAAGAACGCAACGAUAUGAUUGAAAUGUUUACCAAAUGAUCAGGAGCCAAAUGUGUACUGAGUUGUUCUUGUUGGUCUUGCUAUAACAUUCAUCAAUGAAAUGCAAGUCCACAUACACUUUUAUAUAUGAAAUAUGUGUUUUAGGUAGACGAUGUGGGAUGUGUUUUAUGAAUGAUCAUGGUAUUUAUUGCAGUAAUCUCUCCAUGGGCUUGAAUUAUGUGUCUCAUUAAAUCUUGGCAUCUCCUAUUGCCAUGUAAAUAUCAAAUGAUUGCUUUUAGCAUUAUCUGCUUUAGUUUAACAAAUGCAUUUCGUUUCUUGUAUUGGAUUAUCAUGUGUAAAUAGAUGAAGCUGCGGGGUAGCUGUUGGUCAGUACUGUGGUCUGUAUAGCCAUGACACUUCUCAGGCUUGCUUCACAAUAUUCAGUCAACUUUGUGUUAUACACGCUUCAGAAACAUUUGUUUGUUAUGGAUAAGUAGUAAUGGAAUAUGUCAGUAGAUUGAUCUUUUAGAAAGCGUUAUUUUCAUUUCUUGUGUAAUUGAAGGCAGCUUUAAAUAGGACCAUUGCUGUGGGUGGGUGAAGGUGAUGACCUUUACAUAGGACCAUGGCAAUGGGUGGGUGAAGGUGAUGACCUUUACAUAGGACCAUGGCGAUGGGUGGGUGAAGGUGAUAACCUUUACAUAGGACCAUGGCUGUGGGUGAAGGUGAUGACCUUUACAUAGGACCAUGGCUGUGGGUGAAGGUGAUGACCUUUACAUAGGACCAUGGCGGUGGGUGAAGGUGAUGACCUUUACAUAGGACCAUGGCGGUGGGUGAAGGUGAAACCGAUGAGCUUUACAUUGGAAUUUGGCUGUGAGGGGGUGCACUUGCUUGUGGGUAAAACAGGUCCGAGACCUGCAUAACUUUAGGCUUUCUUCCCACAAUAAGCUAAUAUGCGAAGAUAUUCCUGAAAUUUUGUUAAAGAAGCAUGAAACCUAACUCACUCACUCACCCUCAGCCAUACUAUUGAUAAAAUGGGUUUGUUCUGGACCUUGGUUUGUCAGCACUGUAUGUGUUUCACUAACAAAGCUUACACUUCACAAACUCCAUGCCUACGUCUGAUGUCGAUCACUCCGUCAGAUCUGUCUAAACUACCUCGGUUGUGGUGUGUUCAAGUGUGUAUGAUGCACUGUGCCCACCCUGUAACAUUUAGGGGAACUGUUUGAUGGUCAUUCUAGAAGCUUUAGGAAUAACAACAUACACCAUUAGGAAUAACAACUUCUGAUUCAUUGCAUAUAGCAAUGUUUCAACUUUAUGUAGGGCGGUAAAUCAAAUGUUUGUUAAAUGCAGUAAGACACAAGUUGUUAUCCAUCAAGUGUUGUUUAUUUUUAAUCUGCUUAACAUUGUCUGCCACAAAAAACACAUUGCUUUUGUAAAAGAACAAUUUAGACUCAUGGUUUUAAUAAGAAAUCUAGUUUUGUUACUGUAGUUGAAAUCUACUCUCUGCACAAAAUAUCAAAUGGUUUGUACUCUGAAGUUACCUAUGAAAAUAAGUUAACUUAUAAGCUUUUACUCUGAUGAAUAUGAAUGGCAGAGACAAUGUGACUGAAUCAUUGUGUACAAAAGUGAAUCAUUUAAUUGAUUUAAGGUGCUUUGCUUUCUCUAAGUCUCUGAUGGGGAGACGUGUGUGCAAUAGUGGAGAAGGGCUCAAGCAAGCUGAGUUUCCAUGCAGGGUUAUUUGUGUAAUGGGUUUACGCCUGGUGCGGCACAGGGAACCAUGGCCAUCUGUAGGGACAUCGGUUUGCUUCAUAGGUUUUUGAUUUUCUUUGUUGUGCCAUAUUCAUUUUGUUUGUAGAAAUGCAGAAUCAUGAAAUAUUGAAUGAGCAUUGUUUUGUAUUGUGACCUGAAACAGAUAUGUUGUACAUAAAGCAAAAUUAAUAGAAUGCCUUCAUAUAUUUUUAAUAAAAAGUCAUGUAUUUUCCAUUUGACCUCAAUGAGUUAGGAAAUGUGCAUUGAUUUUUUUUAAACUAAUUAAUUCAAAAUCGAAUUUAAAGCUAUUGUGUACACCCAUGCUAAUUGUUCCCUGUAUACUUCAUUGUGAUGGGUCCAGUGGAGGUUCCAGUUUCAGUAACAUCGUUCAUUAUGUGUGGAUGUUCUUAUGUUACAGACACAGUAUUUCUCAAAAAUACCAUUCCAGUAACCCCUGCUGUGGUAUUGCUGGAAUAUUGCUAAAAGCCAUGUAAAUCCAUACUCUAAAAUAUCAGGGCAGCUCUCUACUUGUCAAAUACAUAUUUUGUCAGUGACCUCAAACACUUGCAUUUGCUGAACUUUACAAGAACCAAUAACACACCAGGCCAAUUAACAAGGCACAUGACCUGUUUCUGCAAGCAUGGAAGUAGACCAUCUAUGACAGUGCUUCCACUUCCAGACAGCUGAUUCUCCAAGCCUGUAUAUGUAAACAUUGUAGACAGGGAUAAACAGCAGACAAUUAUUGGAUACUACCAGUAAUUUAUACUGGUAAUUAAUUGAAAAAAUCAGUUGCAGAAUCUAAUUGAUGAGAUUAUGCUGAAAGACAUUAAACCAUUUUAAAUCACAAAUUGAUAAAUUCUAAGUUUUGAUAAUAAAUUUCAGAGAUCAUUUAAGAUGACCUGUGGGUUACCCCAAACUAUCAUUAUUGAUAAGGUCACAAUACUGGUUGUAUAGAACUGAGUGGCCAUAAAAAAGAAAAGCUUAUUCUGAAGAGAAUUAUUUCAAAGGAUAACAAAUCAUACAGGAAAUAGAUUGAUUUAAUGAUUUGGAUCGAUGAAAUCCACAGUGCAUGAAGCAAGCACUGUUCCUGACCAUUCGUAUGUACAGCUGGACGGACAUGGUUAUGAUUCCUGGGUGUAUGGGGUUCCACAGACAAUGAUGUAGGCUGGGUUGUGUCAGUGCUGGAGAGGUGACUGUCGAAGCCCAUGGAGGUGUCGGGGACAGCUGGCAGAAAUAAGUAGCUGGCUCCCGAUCCACAAAGUGUUCAUAACUUUACAACCUAUCGUAACUCUGUACUAUAUCAUUGGCUUACGAUUGACGUAGUGCUAUGAACACUUUGUGGACAGGGUGCCUGGAGCUAGCCCUGGCUUGUACAGAAACGUGUAACAUGUACAAAGAAACAUCAGUCUAAAGCCUCACUUGUCCCCUAAGUACUGUAGGUAAUGAAUAAAUAUAAUUAAAUGUACAUUAUCAUGUUUGCACAAUUUGUUAAUCUGAUGAUUACAUGGGUACUGUACAUGUGGAUUAGUAUAAGGUCGCUUAAAGCAUGAAACUGAAUGAGCCAAUAUUCAACAACGUAAGUUGAGGGGACAGUCACAUGGGGAGCAAGGGAGGUAACUGAGUAUGAGCUGUUCUGGGAGAUCAUGCACACCAGACUGACCCAACACAGAGCUUGGCAGACCAUCGAUCGAAGCUGUGUCUGCUGUGUAGGUUCUGUAAGUCGUGAACAGAUCACAUGGUUUUCAAGGACCCUUUCCAGUGUUUGUCAGAAUGUGACUUUGUAUUGUAAUUGUAUGUACAACACAGGACAACAGGUUAUUGUUUUUGUAUAUAUAUACAUAUGUGUGUAUAUUGUGGGAUGUCAUGCCAAAUGAUGAGAGUUAUGUAAAGAAGAAUAGAGUAUUAAACAUUUUAUUUAUUUUC